AUGCAGCUGUCUUUGACUCAACCACGUUCCUGGACAUUGCUUCUACUAUUGUCCAACCUGCUCCUGUGGGACAAUGUGGCAUCAGUAACCAUGUGUGCAAUGAAGAAUGGUCACUGCUUUUUGUCCUUGAAAAAAAUGUUUCAUAUGGCAGGCAAACAGUCUCGUGAAGCCAGUGAAAUAAUUUCAGGAAUAUUCACUGAUUUUAAAAAGCACUAUGUUGAAGUCCAUAGGCUCCAGAAAACAGUCCCCAACAAAUGCCACACUUCUUCCAUCCCCCUUCCAAAGAACAAGGAACAAGCCUGGAAAGCAGGGAAAAAUGACUUACUGAAAUCAGUGGACAUUCUUUUGACUUCCUGGAACACUCCCCUGCAACACCUAGAGGAUCUAUUUACCUUGAAAGAUGUCCCUGCUGUUGUCAUUUCCAAAGUAAAAACAAUGAAGGAAAAGGAUGCUGGACUGGUGGAGGGUAUUAAGACCCUUUACAACUUGCUUGGAAAUGGAGAAACGGUGAACUACCCUGCCUGGACUGGAAAGGCAUCCUUGAAGUCAGACAAUGAAGAUGCUCGCAUUUUGGCUUUUUAUGACAUGAUCAGCUGCCUGAACAGUGACUUUAAGAAGAUUAAAAUUUAUCUCAACAUUCUGAAGUGGAAAAUUUAUAGAUUGAAAAAUUACUAA